AUGGAGAAGGUCUUCAAUGCGAUGGGGUGCCGCGAGGAGCAGAAGGUGAACUACGCCACCUACUUGCUAUGUGGAGAGGAUCUGAGGAAGCAGAAGGCCAGAGAGUUCCUUGAGCUGAAGCAAGGUAACAUGACAGUGGGAGAGUAUACAACAAAGUUCCAAGAGUUGAUGAAAUACUGGCCUCACUACCAGCAUGGGGAUGGAGAGGAAGACUUAUGUGCUCAGUUUAAGCACGGAUUGAGGCCAGACAUUCGAGCUGCAGAACUGCGAGAAGUGAGCAAGAGUAGAAUCUUUAAAGGCAACUCGAGGGGCAAGACUGUGGACAUUAGGGAAGCCAGUCCAGUGAGGCAAGAUAAGAGACUCCCUAGAUUCUCCAAAGGGCCAUAUUCGGGCUCAAGUAAUUCACAGUCCCGAGGGAGUUCAUCUCAAGAGAAGAGCAGUGGGAGUGGUUUAGGAUCAGACUCUUUCAGAGGGCCGAUCAAGUGCUUCAGGUGUGGAGGGCCACACCUUGUGAGGGACAGUCCACAGCCACGGGCAAGUUGUGGCAACUGUGGGAAGUCGAGGCACACUGCCAAUGUGUGCUAG